CAUCCUCCAUCCCCGUGUCGCGGCGUACGUGGGAAUGCGCMGCGGGGACGCGGGAGCGGGGCAGGAGGCGCUGGGGCUCGGGCGGCGGGCGGGAGGGAGGCUGUCGUGCUGCUGCCCGGAGGCCCCCGAGCGGGAGGGCGCGCUCCUCAUCCCUCCGGGCCCGCCGGGCAGACCCCUCGCCGCCGCCACCGGAGCCUUGGCCCAGGCCGUCGUCGGGAACCUCCUGGGCGGGAGGCGAGGCCGCACGAAACCAAUGCACGAGAAAGCCGGGCCGAUGCACAGCCUGGAGAAGCUGGAGGCGCUGCACAAAGAGAAGAGCCUGGAUUCCCCGAAUGGCAACCUGCACUUGAAUGAUGCCGUCAAGGACGAAGAGCUCAAGAAGUGUCACAGAGAAGUGGUGGCUCCAAACAAAUACAACUCUCAGUAUCACAAGUUAUUUAAGGAUAUCCCCACGGAAGAAAGUGUGUUGAAAGUGUGUUCCUGUGCCCUCCAGAGAGACAUUCUUAUCCAAGGCCGGCUCUACAUUUCCCCCAACUGGCUCUGCUUCUAUGCAAACCUUUUUGGGAAAGAUAUCAAGGUUGUUAUUCCCGUUGUCUCCGUUCAGCUAAUAAAAAAGCACAAAACAGCCCGGCUACUACCAAACGGAUUGGCUAUUACGACAAAUGCCAGCAGGAAGUACAUCUUCGUUUCCCUGAUCUCUAGAGACAGCGUCUACGAUGUUCUGCGAAGGGUCUGCACACACUUGCAGGUCUCCAGCAAAAAGAGCCUGAGCUUGAAAGAACUGACGGAAGAGCCAGAUGCCGUGGCACUGGAGGUCAUUGUCCCAGAGGUGAAAUGGAGGAAGGGCUCUUCGGCAUCACUGUCGCUAGCCCUUCCCCUUCCUCUUCCCCUUCCAGAGGCCAGCUUCCAGUGCAUCCACCGGGCCUCCAUCAGCAGCCUCAGCACCAAGGAGAGCUCUUGUAACUCCGAAGAGCCUCUAAUAUCAGAAAGUGGAAUAAACACCGAAGAGGAGUUGGAGGUUGAGCCCAGCUACAAAGCGGAAUUGAGACCAUCUGAUUAUCAGCUGCUGAAGAUCUUCAUCGUGUUGAUUUGCCUCUUGGUGGUGUCCUCCUCGUACUUGGCUUUCCGCAUCUUCCGCUUGGAGCAGCAGCUCUGCUCGUUGAAUCGGGAUUAUCUCUCGCGGGUGCCCCGGAGGUGACUGUGGCCCCAAGAGGGAUGAGACUAGAGGAAGAGAGAACCACACCUUAAAUACAAAAUCCUUGCCGCGUCCAAGUGGUUAACAUGGCUGCAAUGAAGACGAGGCAAAAGGAUCCCUUGUUUCGGACGCUUGGACCAAAACUCUGCGUUUAUGGAGCGGAAAGGUAGAAGCGCUUCCUUGCCACAGACUCCUUGGCAGCCUCUUUCAGUGGUGCUUUCUAUUGCUGGCCAGUAAGGAGGCAUCGCCUGGGCUUUGCUCGUCUGUGGAUGGUGGCUCCAACCUUAUGACUUUUUCUAUCGCAAACCACCAAGAAAAGUGGGAGUUGCAUUACAGGGCUAAUUCCGAGGCACCCGUUUUGUUUCCGGAGUGGGCGGGUUCGUGUCUGCGGCGUCAAAAAGUUUUGCGUCAAAAAGAUCGACUGUUAUCACCUGCAAACAAGACCGGGACAUAGCCAGAGGGAUUUACACAAGUUGCGGAGAAGGAGAUGGAUUUUCUUCCAGGGGUUUCUCUCUCGUCAAGGUUCCACCAGUUCUCACUGCCUGCAUUUCCCCAGGAGAUUGUGGGAAUCUCGCUUUGGUGCCAAGUGCCAAUCAAGAAGGAAUAUUCUCUGGAGGAGGAAGCGGCACAGCCGGGAGCCACCUCUUCCUCCUUCUGAGCACAGAAUUACUGCUCUUCAUGUAUGAACAGGUCACAAAAUGCUUGCCCUCAAAAUGGCAGUAGUUGCCGUAGUGGUGUUCUGCAUCGGGGGAAUGCUGUGAGGUGCCAGGCGGGACCCUGAGCGCUCAUGGGCCGGGACCGAUGGAAAGCAGCCUUGCCAAGACCAAGGGGUCCAAACCAUAAUGGUUAAAACAUUGCAGGAGAGGAGAAAAUGAAGAGACAUUACUCCCUUGCGUUGCUCUUGUUGCACUUUAAUUAGGUCUUGCUCCUUUUAACCCAGAGUGGGAUGUUAACACGAGAAAACAAAUAUCGACAUACUUGGUCCAAGGAAGGCCCCUGAUGUCUUGACGAAUAGGACACUUUUUCUUGAGCUCAAAGAGGAUGGAAUCAAGGAUGCAGGACUUGAGGUUUCUUGGGGCUUCUCUGCACUUUGGAUGGCGGAGUAUGGGGAGACUGGCUCUGAAAAUGGACUGCAAGGCAUGCAAACCAGGGCUGAUAGCACAACUUGUAUUGGUGUGAGUGAGUUGUGGCUCUCCUCUGUCCUUCAGUUGUUGCUCUCGGGCAGAAGCAUCCCUCAGGGAAAUGGAUUGGAGGAAGGAAAGAGAGGCUGACUCUAGAGCAGGAAUGGGCAAACUUGGGCCCUCCAGGUGUUUUGGACUUCAAUUCCCACCAUUCCUAACAGCCUCAGGCCCCUUCCUUUCCCCCCUCAACUGCUUAAGCUCACUGCUAGAGCAGUGAUGGCAUGAUCGUCAGCAUAGAUGAAAUUCUCCCUAAGGGAAAACAUAGAUCAACUUGGGCCCUCCGGGUAUUUUGGACUCCCAACUCCCACCAUUCCUAACAGCCUCAGGCCCCCUCCUUUUCCCCCUUGAGCAGUGAUGGCAUGAUCAUCAGCAUAGAUGAAAUUCUCCCUAAGGAAAACAUAGAUCAACUUGGGUCCUCCAUGUGUUUUGGACUUCCAAUUCCCACCAUUUCUAACAGCCUCAGGCCC